AUGGACCUGAAGAUUCCGAAUGCAGAAUCUUACCAAGUUGGAUGGGUUUGCGCGGUCAGAAUUGAAUAUAUCGUCGCAUGCGAGCUCCUGGACGAGGAAUAUGGCGCUCCAGAUCUUCGUUCAACCGAUGAUAAUAAUAUAUAUACAUGCGGUCGGAUGGGUGAUUUCAACGUCGUUAUUGCAUGCUUACCCAAAGGAAGAUACGGCUUGACCUCCGCGGCCACAGCGGCUCAAGAUCUACGACACAGUUUCCCACACAUAACUUUUGGACUCAUGGUCGGCAUCGGAGGAGGAGCACCACUCAUAAAUAAGGAUCGUGAUAUUCGACUGGGUGAUGUUGUUGUCUCCACGCCAAGUGGAAGGACCGGAGGGGUGAUCCAUUAUGAAUUCGGGAAAACCAUUCAGAAUAAAGAAUUCGUUCCAUUUGGCCAUCUGAAUGCUCCGCCCCGAGUCUUGCUAACAGCAGUUCAAAAGCUUGAUACCAUUCAUUAUCGUCGUGGGAAUCGAAUUCAGGAAACAAUAUUGCAGAUGAUACAACGAAACCCUCGAUUGAAGAAGGAUUAUUCUCGGCCUUCGCCCGAGAUGGAUAUUCUGUUCAAGACGUCCUAUCUACAUGAAGCCGAUUCUCAUCUUUGUGUACACUGUUGCUCCCCUAUUAGCGAUAACGUCGUUCCCAGACUCUCUCGUACUCAGGACUUGUUGGCAGAUCAGACAGACACGAUUCGCAUCCACUAUGGUCUCGUCGCUUCAGCUGACAGAUUGAUGAAAGAUGCUACGGUGCGCGAUCAAUUAGCCGACGCUGAAGGGGUUUUGUGUUUCGAAAUGGAGGCCGCUGGUCUCAUGGACUCUUUCCCAUGUCUUGUAAUUCGAGGGAUCUGCGACUAUUCCGACACCCACAAGAACGAUGUCUGGCAAGGCUAUGCUGCGGCUACUGCUGCAGCUUAUGCGAAAGAGCUGCUUGCGGUCAUGCCCAAGCGGGCGGUAAUUCAGAAACACAGCACGACUGGACUUUGGCAAGAACCAGCUGAUGAGCAACAAGACGAUUUGCCAGGCGGGUGGAAUUUCUCAGGCAUAAGCAAGUACUCUGAAACCCAAAGAUCUACUGGUUCCUCGCCAGGAUUAUUGCAACGAUCAGCUUUCGGGCAAGAAAACGGGUCACCGCAGAGAGCAGGCGACGCAGUCGGAAGCGCCCGGAAAGUUGAGGUCAAACCGCCAGAUAAAGUGCCACAAUUUGUGUUUCUGGGAUCUGGCGCUUUGAUCUACACUCUUCGAAGAAUCGGAUUUGAUCGCAUGGAUGGUCUGCCUUUAAGCUUUAUCAUGGCAGUCGAGAACAGAUUGGACAAAGUGAAGAUUCAGACUUCGUAUCUUGGGGUAAGGCGAGAUUUUUAUUAUCAUCCCCCUUACUUCUUCGCGGGGUCCUUGAUGUUUCCGAGCACCAUACGAGCUAUAAGCAGUGGGAUCUCUCUUGGGUAUAUCGUCUCAACGAUGGCAGUAGCUACUCUGCGUGGCUACAAACGGCACGCCGUAACGGGGUCUCCAUGGCCUGCCUUCUCGCCUAGCGAUGACCCCCGGGAUGAGAUAACGGGACUCGUCUGUUUUGGAAUCAACAGCUCGCAACGACAACGGAUCCACGAUUUUCAAGGCGGCAUGUUCGACCUGAGAAAGGCCAUAAUCGACAUUGAUUCAGGCAAUGGUGACACCUUGCCAUGUCAAGCUGAAUUGUAUGUCUGGAAUCAAUCUCCGAAUAAGUUAAUCCCCACCAACCUCAUGAAAUGGAGUCCUGAUUCAAUGUUGAAAGAUGACUGGAUUCAGGACAUCUUCAAGGAAACAAGAAAUGAAGAGGCUGUGCUAGAGUGGGAAAAAAUGGGUCGAUAUCGUGAGUAA